AUGGCCUAUCCCAAUGCCGGCAAUGAUGUAUGUUCGAGUAAUUAUAACGAUUUCGUAAAUGAAAUAGUUGAUGAUUUGUCUGUAGUUCCUUUAGAAAAAGAUAGUUUCGCGAUAUGUGAGUUGUGUGGUAGAGUUGGUAGAAGAAAUCAGUUCUACCCAAAAAACAACAAAUUUUGUUCUUUUCGAUGUCAUGCCAGUAGCACAAGGAAAAAGUGCUGUAAUUGGAGAUUUAAGCUAAUGGAAGGGGCAGAACAUAUGGCUGGCAUGAUACCCUUGGAACCUUUGCCUCAACUGCAGCAUUGGCAGGCUACAUAUAGUGACUUACAGGCUGGACCAAUUAAGCAGUCAGCUGCUGUUCUAGCGAAUAGUUAUGAAUGGAAAGAUGAACUAUUUGGCUGUGACUUCCUUGCAGCCCCUGUCAGUUUAUUCAAACAUGCUCCACUUCAUGAAAUGUGGGAUAAUACAUUUGAGGGCAUGAAGGUGGAGGUAAAAAAUACAGAUGUAGAAAACUAUUCAGAAAAAUUAAAUGACUUCUUUUGGGUUGCAACUGUGUUAAAGGUCAAAGGGUAUAUGGGACUACUUAGGUAUGAAGGCUUUGGCAGUGAUGAUACAAAAGACUUCUGGGUGAAUUUGUGCUGUUCUGAAGUACAUCCUGUUGGAUGGUGUGCAACACGAGGGAAACCUCUCAUACCUCCCCGGAGUAUAGAGGAUAAAUACACCGAUUGGAAGAAGUUUCUAGUGAAGCAAUUGACUGGCGCAAGAACUUUGCCUGCUAAUUUCUAUACCAAGUUAAAUGAUAGUCUUGUGUCCAGAUUCAGUAUUGGCUCUAUUAUGGAAGUUGUGGAUAAAAAUAGAAUUUCUCAAGUAAAGGUAGCAAGUGUAUGUGAAAUAAUUGGUAAACGCUUACAUGUAAAAUACUAUGACAGUUCUCCCGAAGAUAACGGUUUUUGGUGCCACGAAGACUCCCCAUUAAUACACCCUGUCGGGUGGGCCUUCCGCGUUGGUCAUCCAUUAGACGCCCCGCAAAACUAUUGCCAACGGGUAGCAGCUGGUCGACUGCUACCCAACGAUACAACAGCCGAGAUGUUCUACAAAUAUCCAACGAAUGAACCACCGCUGUUCUUAGAAGGAAUGAAGUUAGAAGCGAUAGAUCCGUUGAAUUUGUCUGCGGUGUGUGCGGCCACUGUUAUGAGGAUUUUGAACGAAGGUUACAUGAUGAUAAGGAUUGACUAUUACCCGGCUGAUGCAACUGGUGCUGAUUGGUUUUGCUAUCACCAACGGUCACCAUGUAUAUUCCCAGUUGGAUUUUCACUCGCAAAUAAUAUCCCUUUGGUACCGCCUAUUGGAUUUAAAGUGGAGGACUUCACCUGGGAGGAUUACCUAACAACGAGCGGCGCGCGCGCAGCAAGUCGCACAGUAUUCGCGGCGAGAGGUCACGUGGUGUCACACGGCUUCGUUGCAGGCAUGAGGCUGGAGUGCGCUGAUCUCAUGGACCCUCGGCUGGUCUGCGUCGCCACCGUGGCAAGAGUCGUGGCUGACUUGUUGAAGGUACACUUCGAUGGCUGGGGCGGGGAAUAUGAUCAGUGGCUAUGGGCGCACAGUACGGACGUCUACCCCGUGGGCUGGUGCAGAGCCGUCGGACAUCGCCUUGAGGGACCGCAGCAGCCUCCACCGAGAGCUAGGAAAGUACACCCUAAACCAGCGAGACGACGGCGGAAACAAGUAACCAAAGUCGCUCCUCAACCGCCAAACACAACGGAAGACAGCUCUCAAAACUCCGAUAUGGGCGAUAAUAAAAGCGGCUCAGAUCUCGCAGACACAAAGAGCUCAUCACCGACCAGUGCAUCAGAAGCCUCCCACGAACGUGUAGAAUUGACCCCCGUGAAAAUGGAUGUUGACAGUGAUAUUAAAGUAGAGCAAAAAAUACCAAAACUGGAAGAACUUAGCCAAGAGGAUUUGGUUAAAGUCCCGAUCGAAACUCCCAAAACAGAAGACAUAGCGGAUUUAAAAAUGGAAGUUGCCUCCGUUCCUGUAAAAAGUCCGGGAGUGCCAGAAAAUGCUGAUGACAAAAUCAUUCCCAGAUUAGUGAACACAUCAGUACCAUUGGACAUACUGAAUUCAGUAGACCCGGAAAACUGGAGUACCUCUGACGUCGCUAAAUUCCUAACCGUCAACGAUUGUCAACCCUAUUGUGUCAAUUUUAGCCAAAUAAAUGGACCUAUGAUGCUGCAACUGUCAAAGGAUGAAAUCAUAGAAUUGCUUGAAAUGAAAGUCGGUCCAUCUCUGAAAAUAUUCGACUUGAUUCAGCAGCUUAAGUGUAAAAUUAAGCAACCUCAAUGCAGACUUAUGGGCGGCUUUAAAUAG